AAACGAGUUCUCAACCAACUUUGUCGGCGAACCUGGGCGCAUGGAAUUCAGUACCAAACGUCGGGCGCUUAGUUCACUGCAUAGCACGAUUUUUAUUCGACCUUUUUAUCUGAAAUAGUAACGUUUAUUGUCAGUUAUUCGAGGAGAGGAUAUCCACUAUUAUGUGGGAAGAUUUGGGGGAACGACUGUGGGCACUCGUCCAAAUCAAGCAGUUGGCAAUAAUAAAGACACAUUGGAUAUUAUCUGCCCUCCUUCUAUGAUACAGCUUCACGCAGCUCAAAGCCCCGGCUUUGAUGCCACGCCCUCUAAAAUGUAUAGUUUCAGGUAAUAGCGACAGAUUGAAUUACAAUAUAUUUUAUUCAAAUAUAUUUUGAAUGGAAUUAAGUAUUAAGAUUCUACUGAUAUAAAUAACCUACUAAUUGGUAUGAUUUAUAUCAUUUGGUUUUUCGAUAGUACGUUGUUAAAUAAUUACAUAAUACAGUUCAAUACGUAUAUUUUAUUUUUUUCUUUGACUCAUUUCCUUAUUUCUAUUUUUUCAUUAUAAUUUCUUCAUUAUUAUUCAAUUAUAAUUAUAAACACUUCAAAUAGUAAAUUUAGUCUUUUCGCAAUCAGUUUUGCAGACCGCGCCUACAUUCAAAACAAGGGAAAUGGUAUUUCGUACACAAUAAACGUCACAGAAUGUCCGCCAAGUCACGGGAAGCGGAGUAUCCAAUCAGAGACGAGCAGUCGAGUUGGAAUUCUGUGCCAAGUCGAAAGGCUGGAGUGGCACCGAGUGGGCUGAUGUGUGAGAGAGUGUGGCUCGACGUUUGUUAGUGUUACUGUGAACAAAAUUGCUGUGAAUAUUCGCGAAAAUGUUUAGUUGGCUAAGCAAAAACGACAGCAGCAAGUCGCCGGAUGUUUUUGAAAAUGUUGUUGAAGGUCUCAGGAAAAUUUACAAGGCGAAAUUAUUGCCUUUGGAGCAGUCGUAUCUCUUCCACGACUUUCAUUCACCGAUGUUAGAUGAUCCAGAUUUUGAUGCGAAGCCCAUGAUCCUGUUAGUGGGUCAGUAUUCAACUGGCAAAACAACGUUUAUAAGGUACUUACUGGAACAAGAUUUCCCCGGAAUACGUAUCGGUCCUGAGCCUACGACGGAUCGUUUCAUAGCUGUCAUGUACGGCGAAAAAGAAGGUGUUAUUCCAGGAAAUGCAUUAGUGGUGGAUCCUAAGAAGCAAUUUAAACCCCUUACAAAAUUUGGCAAUGCGUUUCUCAAUAGAUUCCAGUGUUCAUUAGUGAAUACACCUGUACUUAAAGGUAUAUCAAUUGUGGACACGCCUGGAAUAUUAUCUGGAGAGAAGCAGCGUGUGGAUAGAGGUUACGAUUUUACUGGUGUUUUGGAGUGGUUUGCUGAACGCGUCGAUAGGAUUAUCCUUCUAUUUGAUGCUCAUAAACUCGAUAUUUCUGAUGAAUUUAGAAGAUCCAUCGAAGCUCUAAGAGGACAUGAUGAUAAAAUUCGUAUUGUCCUUAACAAGGCUGAUAUGGUAGAUCAUCAGCAACUAAUGCGUGUGUAUGGUGCUUUAAUGUGGUCACUUGGCAAAGUGCUUCAAACUCCUGAAGUUGCCCGGGUGUACAUUGGAUCGUUUUGGGACCAGCCUUUAAGAUACGAUGUGAAUAGAAGGUUAUUCGAAGAUGAAGAGCAGGAUCUCUUCCGUGAUUUACAAUCACUUCCUCGAAAUGCAGCAUUACGCAAGUUGAAUGAUUUGAUAAAACGAGCCCGCUUAGCCAAGGUACAUGCAUAUAUAAUCAGUGCUCUUCGAAAGGAUAUGCCAUCUAUGUUUGGAAAAGAAGGGAAAAAGAAAGAUUUAAUUAAAAAUUUGGGACAAAUUUAUGAUCAGUUACAACGAGAACAUCAGAUCUCACCUGGCGAUUUUCCUGAUUUGAAGAAAAUGCAGGAAUGUCUUGUUCACCAUGACUUCAGUAAAUUCAAUCCUCUGAAAUUACGUUUACUGGAAGUUGUGGAUAAGAUGUUGGCUGAGGAUAUUGCAAGGUUGAUGGCCAUGAUUCCUCAUGAAGAAGUUACCACAGUUGUUGAGCCUCAUGUAAAAGGUGGUGCAUUUGAUGGUGUGGAGGACAAAGAAAGCCCAUUUGGUUACAAACGCGGGGAGGGUAUAGAUGCUGGUCAUGGAGAACCAGAUUGGAUUGUGAACAAGGAACGCUACAAAUAUGAUUCAAUUUUUGAAACUUUGGAACCUGUGGAUGGCAAAGUAUCAGGAGCAGCGGCAAAGUCUGAAAUGCUGAAAUCCAAGCUACCAAACUCUGUUCUUGGCAAGAUUUGGAAAUUAUCAGAUAUUGAUAAGGAUGGUUUCCUAGAUUCAGAUGAGUUUGCUUUGGCGAUGCAUUUAAUAGGGGUGAAGUUAGACGGCCAUGACUUGCCUGCUGACUUACCUGACCACCUCAUACCACCAUCUAAAAGAAAAUUCUAAUUAGAUAAUAUGUCAUCAGUAUUUUUUCUUUCAAAAAUAUACUUAUUUUUAUAAUAAGAUCUUCAAAGUUUUCAUCAACUGUGUGUUCUGAGAUAUCAUCUGGCUAAACACUUAGCAAGCAUUACGUAUUGUCAAAUAAGUUGUAGGAAAGCAUAAUGUGGUUAUUUGGCUUGUAAAUGAGGAAUGGAUAUUUUAAUGACCUACAGUGGAAUUGAAUGCUGUAGCUGUUGUUGAGGCAAUUAACUGCUAAUUAAAAGUAUGAAGUUUUUACCAUUUGGUGUCUUAAUUUGACAAUGUGUGUUCUGAAAGAGACUUUCCUAUGGCUUGAAAGGUACAGUUUCUGCAAUAAGUAAUCAGGAAUUUAAUCCAUUUCUUUAUAUAAAAGAGGAGUAUAAUGGAGUGUCAUUCGUUGUGUAGAAGAAGACUGUGCCUCAUACAUUACCAGCCUCACUGUUUGUGAGUAUAAUAUUUCAUGCUGAAAUUGUGAUAUUUAUUGAAGUUACAUGUUUUGGGUACAAGAAACUUACAAAACUAGAACUAGUAGUUUCAUUAGGACAUUUAAAAGCCCAUGUCAAGGUAUUAAGUUUUAGUUCUUGUAGGUAAUCUAUUAGUUCACUUUUUAGAGGUGAUAGAAAGUUACAAUGGCAAAAUAUUAUGAACUGUGUGCAAAUUAUGUUACAACUCCCUUAAUAUACAUUGCUGUUAUUACUUCAAAUAUUUUCUAUACAUACAAAAGGCUGAUUGCUGCUAUUUAUAGGUGAAUGCUUUACAUGUUAUUUCAUAGUAGAUUUGUUCUAUUUUAUUUGAAAACGUGAAUGAGAAUUCUGCUAUUUGUAUCUUUAAAAAUAUUAUUUAUAGAUUUGUAUGGAUCAUUAUGAGAGAAAUGGUUUUAGAAUGAUUGGAACCACAUUCGUAUGCUGCAGUUGCAUAUUGCUUUCAGCGAAUAUAUUUGUAUAUUAUGUAUUUAUGUGCUACACAAUAAAAAAUUGUUCAUUUCUGGAUUGAUGAUGGAGAUUUUUUGUUCACAUUCUGCAUUGAGUACAGAAUAGUAAUAAUAAUUGAUAAGUACCAAUUAUUUUUGCAUAUGCCUGUCUUGUUUGUAUGUGUGUAAAUAUGUAUAAUUGCAUGGGAAUGUUAGUGUAAAUAUUGUGUAGUUGAAUGUUAAUUACAAAACAUCAUGGUAUCCUAAAGAGCAUUUUAUAAUAAUGUGACAACAGGAUCGUUGAUUAUUUUAUGAGAGAGGUUGUUGCAUGGGUCAACUGAUAGCUGAGUGCUUCAUGAAUACCUGAUAUUUAAUUGCAAUUCUUGUGUUAAGACGCACAUUGUUUGCCAUAUAACUGUAUUGUAAUUUCUCAUGAGGUGGUCUUAACCAUGUAGCAUGCAAUUCGUGCAAGUUAUGGUAUGCUUUUGAAGCCUGUGAAUGCAUCAAUGUUAUUGAUGUUCCAAAACAUAAUUUUUGUGUGUUGUAAAAUAUAGAUUGUUCAAUUUCAUUUGUACUAUAUGAUAAUCAUGUCCAUGCUAUUAGGUAGUCUUGCAUUUGACUUAUCAUAUUGGCCUGUAAAAUAUUUGCAGUCAGAAGUGCUAUCUAGCUUCCUGAAAGUAUACAGAUAUCUCUGAAGAAAAUCUUGUAGCAACAUGUUUCACAUGGAAAACUCUGACUCUUCAUGCUUGGCUUUCUUGCUUUUGUCAUUUGCUUGUCACCCUCUCAAACUUUAGAUUUAUAAGUUAAAUACCAUAUAACUUUAUGUUUGUAUCUUUUUCCUCAAGUUAUUGAAUGAAAGGAAGCUAUAAGGCAGUUUUGAUUUGCUCAAAUCUUUGAAACCUAUUUAUGCAUGUUAAAUAUUGAUUAUAUUAUUUAUUGCUGUUAGUAUUUUGAGAUUUUGUUAUUUAUACGUAUUGCAAAUUUGUAAUGAAUGACCUGCUUACGAUCAAUGAGAUUUUUAAGAACAAGUUAUAUGUAAAACAUUAUUUCUAAAUACUUUAUUUCAAUGUGUAAAUAUUUACUGCACAUGUAAACUUCAUUGCACCUGUUUCACCAGUGGGAAGCUCUGGGCUUCUGGCAUAUGGUAACAUGCCAAAGACUUGUUUAAAAAUAUUUCUCAUUAAAUAAAUUUUUAUGUGAAUGCAUUUAUUACUCUGGUCUCCAUUCAACACUAAUGUCAGCUAUUCCAGGGUGGUGGUCUAAUAUAGAUGGUUGGUUAAACAAAAUUCCAUGGUUAAAUAUAUGCAAAAUAUUUGGGUAUUUUAUUUUGCAUUAUUUGCUUAAUGUUUAUAAAGUUAAAGUUCAUGUUAACAGUUAAAAUAUCACAGGACAAGUAGCUUUUUCACCAUAGCGAACAGAUCCAUUGUUAUGAUUAAACAAAGCCUUUGUGGUGCAUGAUUAUGCAAAACCUUUUGGACCUUGUUUCUCUUCAUUAUGACACCUUAGUAUAUGAAAAUGUUCGGGGUACUACCAAAUGUGGUCGGGCUUAUCUUGAGCUGCUAUUUAAGAUGGCAAAUGUUAACAUAAUGUAGACACCAUUAUCUCCCAAGGCCCUGGUCCAAUCUUAUGAGUUCAUGCAUUUUCUGAAAAUGUGAAGUGUUCUUGAGGUACUAAAAGGGG